AUGGAUCAACCGCAUGGCCCGCACGUCUUAUCUAGCGGAUCCAGACGAUCCGUUUCGCUCUCCUCACUCAAGGAGACGCUUGCAGACGACGAAAAAGUGGUCGUCGACGACGUUGACGACAAGUGGCGACACGGCCGUUUCGUGUAUCAUGGCGACGGUUACCUUCCUCGGUCAAAUCGCGAAAUUGUCGUGUAUGACGAAGGGCAUGGUCACGGUCACGAUCACGAUCACGACCAUGGUCACGGUCACGCCAACGGGCACGCGCACGGGCACGUUCACGGGCCGGGGCCUCGCAGCCAACAUCACAACUAUUCCACCUCCACCGCGGACGCUGGCGAAUGGGAGGACAUUGAAACAGAUGGAAAGGAGCUUGUCUCAAAGUCGGAAGCGGAAGCGGAACCCAACGCGCCGCCCGCAUGGACGACUGAGAUUCCGACACCAGAGCAAGUGCGCGAUGCAGCAGGAUGUCACCUGCUUGACGAGUGGGGCAACACGGUGCGAUUUGGCGACAUGCUUCCUGGCGGACCCGCGUGGCGCUCGGCAUCUCUUGCGGGCAAGCCGGUGAAAAAGGUGCUCACCCUGUUUGUGGGGCACUGGUGGUGCGGCCUGUGCCACGACUAUGCGAUCGUCUCCGUCGCAAAGCUCUCGCCUGCCGCGCUCAUCCGCGAGGGUGUGCGCGUAGUCAUCAUCUCGAGUGGCAGCUGGAAAGUGAUCGCAAAGUACAGAGCGACAUUCGACGUCAAAUUCCCCGUGUUCGUCGACAACGGCACGCGGUUGUACCGCGCACUGGGUCUCCCGAAGAGCACACCGAACCCCUUCGCCGAGGCCAUGGUCAAGGACCGUCCGGCAUACCACCAGCACCCAUUCGCGCGGCAAAUGGCAACGGGCAUGCGCGGCAUCUUCCAGUUUGGCGGCAUUCGGUUCCGGAACCCGGGAAACUUCAUGCAGCUCGGCGGCGAGUUUGUCUUUGGUCUCGACUACUCGUGCGACUAUGCGCACCGGAUGCAGGGGCGCGGCGACCACUGCGAGGCGCCGGACGUGCUGAGCGCCGUGGGGGUGCAGAGCACGCUGGGCGCGCCGAUGAGCAAUACAUUCGAGGAGGAGCGCGCGCAGGUCCGCCGCCGCAUCCGGGCCGGGUCGCAUAUGUAA